ACAGCCAUGUCCUGCUACAACCUCUGCCGCCCCUGCGGACCCACCCCGCUGGCUAACAGCUGCAACGAGCCCUGUGUCAGGCAGUGCCAGGACUCCCAAGUCGUCAUCCAGCCCUCCACUGUCGUGGUCACCCUGCCGGGACCCAUCCUCAGCUCCUUCCCCCAGAACACCGCCGUCGGAUCCUCCGCAUCAGCUGCCGUGGGCAGCGCCCUCGACGCCCAGGGAGUGUCCAUCUCCUCCGGCGGCUUCGGCUUCGGAGGCCUGGGCUGCUUCAACGGCGGCAGAGCCCGCUACCCCUGCUAA